AUGAAGUUUCCGGCAGCUAUUCUCGUUCUUUUCACAUCUCUCGCUGUUGUCAGCGCCAGCAAUCUACACGCUGGCCUUUCGCCCGUCGCUCGUCAUUCUCGUCUGACACAGCGCGCUUCGUCCUUGGAAGUCGCUGUGAAGCGUGCACCCAAGCUAUGCAUCAACCGCACUAAUAAGAAAGUUGUCGUUUCUUCGACCAAAGCCCAGUCGUCAUCGUCUGCAGCUCCCAAACCUACUGUCCUGGCAGCCAUCGUAAAGCCAGCUUCAUCGCCAGCCCCCAAUAAUGGAGGCAGUAAUUCUGGCGGAACCAUUCAGGUUCAGUCUGGCAAUUGUGGUAACAGUGGAGCUACAAGAACAACAACCAAAACGUCUGGUCCUAACGGAAGCAUCGAUUGGUUGAACUGUGGGAUCAACGCCGGUGGAUGGAAUCCACCCUUCAUUCGCAUAGAGAAUGUCAUCACUCAGUCGCUCUCAAGUGCCCUCAGCUCUGGUAGCAGCCCUUUCAAAGCGUGCGCUCCAUACGUCUGGAUUUUCGAGAAGUAUGGGGGCCAAUUUAAUAUCCCUCCGAUCAUCCUUGCGUCAUUUGCCAUGCAAGAGAGUAGCUGUAAUCCGGCUACUGUCGGUGGCGGCGGCGAGCAAGGUUUAAUGCAGAUCACCCGAGAGAAAUGUGGUGGCCUAUCCGAUCAGGCCUGUCGCGAUCCUGAAUUUAAUAUCCGCACUGGUGCCAAAUUCUUUGCUGACACAUUGAAUGGGAACGGCGGUAAUCUGCUUCUGAGCAUUGGGCAGUACAAUGGCUGGUUCCGUGGCAUGACAAUGGACAAGGCCACUGCUGCGGCUUUUUCAGCCUGUUGCCGCUGCCAGAAUAACCUUGAUUACUUACAUCAAUUCCUCAACGGUUGGUGCCAGAACAUCAACGCUUACAACAACAAUUUCCGCCUAGGAAAGUUCUUCAACCUUGAUCGAUGCGGAUAG